UGAUCAUCCAUUGCCCCUCUAACUCUUCGCAGCUCCUCCUCACCACUCACCCACAUCCUCACAACCGGUGUUCUUUUUGGCGUUUACUGUCCCGUGUCGAGAAUGUCGACAUGCCUUAUCCCACCGUCUGCCUCUUCGGAGUGUCUAUUCUCAGCGAGCGUUCAUGCUGCAACAUCCAUCAGGUCGAUCGGUUCUUCCUCUUCAUACAGCAUUGAAGACUCGCUGAGAGACAUCGUCGGAACAGUCACCAUUUACAACCGGGAGCAAACCGAUCCCCAAACCCGCAGGAGUUCGACUCAAAUGAGUUCGAUCCAAAUUGUUGAGCAGCAGAGAUCAGACCCGUCUACCACAGCCACUGAGAUCCCAACCAUCGAAGAGCCGCCUCCUUCGUCCGCGGCUACUACUCCUCCUCCUCCCAGUCCGAAACCUCGACACACGGCCUCAGAGUUCCACCUUUGCGUCCGCGAACUCACAGAAGAUGCUGGCAAAAUGGUAACCGGCGGCCCACCAAGCCUGAUCGGAUUGUCACCACCGCAAUCGUCAGCCGCUGCUGCUGCCGAAAAACACAACCCCCAUGGCUUGCUCUCCACAAUAAUCGCGGCAUGCGCGCUCAGGGACGACAAACGGGCGAAAACGAAAGGCAAAGAGAAGGAGCGGAUUGAAAUCGAUGAUUCCCCCGCCCGCGGCAGCUCCAGUAGGCUGCGCUCGAGAGGCUAUAGACGCGCCGGAGGAUUCGUCAUGUCCUGGGCGAGGAGAGGCUCGAUCCGUACAACGAACUUAUCUGGUAGCACCCAGAGCGAGGACCUCCUGACAACGUCGACUUCGAAAGGCAUCAGUGAGGAGACAGUGCCAGAAAACCCAGAGCCGCUCCGUACGAUCAGCCCGUCGGAUAUGGUGAGGGUGACCUUCAGGAGUAGCUCAGGUGCUAAGAAAACCUGUUGGACUUCCUUGAAUGCGGUUGAUUCUUGGAUGAAAUUACUCGGGUUUAUCAAAUACGCUGGUAUGCCGGAGAUGUCACAUGCAGAAACCUACAUCAGGAAUCUGGCCAUUGAAGAUUGGUCACACUCACCAGUCACGGAAGAUAAAUGGCCGCCAACCUCUGAAAUGAGCUUCACUCAGGGCAUUCACCUUCAAGUGUCCUCUAACCAGCUACCAUCGAGACCUGGCAGGCUCUUCUCGGCAUUCACAAGUAGAAAGCAGAAACUCUCAGCAUUUGUUUCCGGGGUUUCGACGGAUAAAAGGAUCGGGAAUUGGGUCAGGGACUCAUCGGCAGCUCUAACGCAGGAAACACUCAGUGGAAAUGCUGUUUUCAAUAUUGCUGCCUCCAUUCCGCAUAGACUACAUCUAAGGAUCAAUAUCAAGUUGCUGGACGAUGCUCUUGUAUUCUCUUACGCCGAGUGUUUGGCCGUACACGAUGGCCCCGUAUCGGAUGAUAUUGUGCAAAAUGUGUCCUGGAAUAUGGAGACUGGAGACUCCUGGGAGUUUGUUAAUCCCGAGCCGUACAAGGUACUUGCGCGGGGCACAGAGACAUCGGCUCCGCUUCUGAGUUCUAGACACGAGGCUCGGUACGGGCUGAGGCAGUUUGUCUGGGAGUCUGUGGGAUAUAUGUUUGUUACGCUGGCAAAGUUCCGUGAUGCGGUACGAGAGAUUAUGAUGGGCCUUGGAUUUCUGGAACCCAAGAUCAAUGAAUACAUUAAUUACUGGUCGUCCAGAUUAGACGACCCGAAUGUCGAGUAUGUCGAAAUCAUAGUCCUCUACCAUCCUAGCAUCAUCCACGGCUCUUCGAUAACUGUUGAAAAAGUCGAAGGUAAUGAUGUGGAUUACGAAGUCGAGAUCACUCGACUGCUUCUCGGCUUCCGUGCGCUUCAAGGAGACCCUGACCUGGAGGAAGUCUCAAGCAUAUCCCCCGCGGCGAUGGUCCAGAUCCGGAGGAAUGCUACUCACAAAUUCCAUCUGUCGUCUCCUCAUAGCACUACUGGAACGGUGGAGGCCGUCAAGAUUUUCGAAGCCGGGGGGAUGAUAGUCAGCGACACAAAACCGGAACGGCAUCGGAUGAAGCAAUCUGCCUCUAACGACCGUCGCUGCUCCGAAAACGAUGAAACCACGUCUAUCGGCUCGGUCUUUGAGGAUCGAUACUGGAUCUGCUGCAAUCCGCGGAACUACGAGUCGCACGGAAAGGUUGGCGUACCAAUGACAUUCGGCAUCUGUGGGGAAUGUCCGCACGGCAGGUGCUCACAGUGUGUUGUCUCCGGAGGGUUGAAGAGGGGAAGCUUCGGUGGGCUGGCGGCCCAUACGGUUAAUCCUGUCGAAAAGUAUGCGGUCACCAUCAAGGAGCGCGAUGGUUGAGCGAUGAUACCACCGAGUCUGGUCAGGUGUAUGAUUGAUUCCAUGGUUCCAUGGGAGUGGUUCCAUGGGAGUUGGCUCUUUUGUUGAUGUACGAUAACUACUUAACUAUGGUGCUGCUGCGCUUGUUUGUGUACUGUGUACUGUGUACGUGUUUUUUCCGAGCCGGAAAAUUGGAGGGCGGGAAGGGAAGGGGGCCGUGUUGUUCUGUACCUGUACCCGUAGUACCCCGUAGUUUGCUCUACUGGUUGAUGGUGGAUUUGUUCUGAUGAGAGUGGGUUUGUUGGCUGGGUACCUAUUAG